CUUAAUAAAAUCGCUAGCAUGACUAAUAAUGCUCGAUAACGCUUCAGGACGGGUGAUCAUGCACGUGCACGUGUCAUUUGUUUGCAUUAAUAGUUAUGGUACGUCACCGUCCGCUAAGGGUGGCACUCAUGACUAUUAAAAGAAUGGCGGAGUCAGGUGAAGACAAGAUGGAUAAGAACGGAGAAACGGUGAUUAUUGCCAUGGACGGGAGUGAAUAUUCGGACUAUGCAUUGCAAUUUUAUAUGAAAUCUGUGCACAGGCCAGACAACCAUGUGAUCAUUGCCCAUUCAACCGAAUACUCCAAUAUAACAUUCCCUACUGUAGGUAUGAUGUCUGGUGAUACAAUGGUGUCCAUGAUAACACAGGAAAUGAAUGAGGAGGAACAGAGGACUGACGAACUAGUGGACAAAAUAAUACAGAAAAUGCAAAUUCUAAAGCUCAACGGCACUAUAGAACGUAUUCACGGCACUCCAGGACCGGCUAUAAUUGCGCUGGCAAAAGACGUACACGCUGAUUAUAUCGUCGUCGGCUGUCGGGGCAAAGGUACCAUCCGACGGACUGUUACUGGUAGUGUGACGGACUAUAUAAUACACCAUUCGCAUGUUCCAGUUGUGGUUGCUAGACACAGAGAUCACGUGAAACAUUAUCAUGGUAUCCAUUUGCAUAAUCCUUUUCACAAGAAAUCUGCGGCGGAAAGUCACGGACACCAGUCAUCGUAAAAUACGUUAAA